AUGAAAGGCUUUAGAGAAGAUCCACCUCAAGUGGGUGCACAAGCUGGUCCUCCACAACAAGAACCACCUCCUCCUGAAACAACUACAAAAGAACAUCAUCGUCAUCAUCAUGAUCCUGGUACACAAGAGGGUCCUCCUUCAACAGCAAAGGAUCAUCAUCAUGAAGAAGGUCCUCCACAUCACGAAGAAGGUCCUCCACAUCACGAAGAAGGUCCUCCCCAUCAUGAAGGAGGCCCUCCCCAUCAUGAAGAAGGUCCUCCACACCACGAAGAAGGUCCUCCUCGUCACGAAGAUGGCCCUCCUCAACAUCAUGAACAUUCUGAUAUAGAUCCAAAGGAUGGCCCUUCUCCUCCUUCAGCCAUAAAGGAUCAACAACAAGAUCAAUCUCAUAUAGGUACUGAGGAUGGUCCUUCUUCAUCAUCAUCAACUACAAGUGAUCAUGAACAACCUGAUGUUGGUGCACAAGCUGGUCCCACAACACAUACAACGACUACAAAUGAUCCUCAUCAUCAUGAUAAGAAACCAACCACAACAACGGACAAGCAUAAAGCAAACCAUACACCUCCACCACAUCCACCUCCUGGGGGUAAAAAGCCAGCACCUAAUAAACCUCCAGCAGGUGGCAAAAAUGAUCCGCAUCACCCUGCAUCACCACAACCACCACCACCGGGUGUCGGUAAAAAUCCCACUACGCCAGGAGACAUUAAUCAUGUUCCCGAUGUGCAUGAUCUUCCUCCAAGACCUAAUCAACCACCAGGCCGUCAUGCCGCUCAAAAUGAACCACCCACUGCAGCCACCACUUCUGGAUAUCCUUCACUUCCUCCUGGUAGUGAUUUAGGCAAGAUUGGUCAUCUCGGCCAAAUUGGCGUAUUCAGUGGCGCAUCACCCUCUGUGGAUACCUCCCAUCAACAUUUCAUCUUGUGUCUUUGUCUAGCCGUUGUAAUGAUUCGAUGGAUGCGAGAACAACUUUAUUAG